AUGCAAGCAGCGCAUGUGUUACUGUCUCUGUGUAGGGAACGAGAAGUGGGGCCACGAUUUCCUCCAGCAAACAGCUUCGAAUACGUGUUCGGGUUAAAAUGGAAAGAGCUGUAUGAGCUGGAAAGGCAGCGUAGAGCGCAACUGGAAGAAGAGCUGAAAGAAGCUCGUAGACGCUUGGAAGCUGAUAUGGACCUCGCUUACCAGGAUUAUCAAACUCAAAUACUUCGUGAAGGCAAGCCGGGUUUCCUCGCUCUUCAGUUUUUGCCAGGUCUUAAACCAAUGUAUAAGAUGGUAUCAGCGUAG